AGUGGCAUGUGCCAAUGGCUUCUGGGAUCAGAUGUCAUGUCACAUAAUGUUCAAACUGCUGUUAUCUUAAUGUUUAGCUAUUGUGGGUUUUAGUAAAUAAUAUAGACAUCUAACAAACUGAAGUCGUGGUUACGUAAAUCAUCGUUUCUACCUCUAAUCAGCACAGGCUCCUUUGUGACAGAGAGGAAGUGAGCUGAAACGAAUUCUGCAGCGCGAUCCCAGAGGAGAGACUCGAUCAUUUUUGUGACUACACAUGCCCAGCAUCCUUUCGGUAAUAAUGAACGACAUGAGUUGGGAAUUGAACUGAUGUAUUUGCGUUAUCACGAUUUCAAAAUCCGGGGUAUGGUCAAUGUUUGCGUAUACGAAAAACUUGGCUGAUGUAACAUUCUGAACAUUCGCGCAACUUAUGCAUGGGCAUGACAGAUUUUUAGUGACUGGGAGCUCUUGCAUGAUGUAUAUAGCCUAAUCCAUUUUGAAUCAACGUUUUGGCUUUUAUACUGCUGUAGGACAAUGCAACAUGCUGCAAAUGUGCGAUUCACUAAACUGCAAGAAUUGACUACCAGACGGGACAAUAUAAUGUGUUAAAAUCAAGGCCAGCACUUCUAAUUUCAGAUGAUAGUUUCUGUAUGUGACAUGUGACACCGGGCGAAGGGCAACGAUCAAAAAGUGUCUGGGUGGCGCUAAAAUAUGGGAAAGCGAUCUUUCUGUCACAGUCGCAGCUUAAAGCAAAACGCAUAUUGCGUAAUGUUAUAGGGGCGUUACAUUCCCUUGGUUGCACAUACAAACCAGUUUUAAAGGCAGCCAGAUCGAAGCAGCUUGUCAGAACAUGGCAGCAGUAAAAGCAUGCAAUAUCUUGAUCACCGGAGCCAACCGGGGUUUGGGCUUAGAAACCGUUAAACAACUCACAGAGGACUCUUGGCCAAAACGUCGUAUUUUUGCUACCUGCCGUGACCCAGAUGGGCCAAAGUCUGAGGCAUUAAGAGAACUGGCAAAACAGCAUCCAAGUGUGAUCACCAUCAUACGUCUUGAUGCUGAUGAUCCAUCCAGUGUCAAAGAGUCUGCAGAGAAAGUGGGAUCUCUUCUGGGAAACAGUGGUUUGAACCUGCUUGUGAAUAAUGCUGGAAUUGUGGCAAAGGGCACCAUUCAGACCAGCAGUCCUGAAGACAUGAAAAACACCUUCAACACCAACGUGAUAGGACCCUUAUUAGUCAUUAAGGAGUACCUACCAUAUCUACAAGCAGCGGCCAAAGCCAGCGGGACACCAGGCAUGUCCUGUAAUAAAGCAGCUGUCAUCAAUAUCUCCACUAUGGGGGGAUCCAUCAGCAAAAUGCCUUCCUUAUACGAACAAUUUCCAGUGUUGCCAUAUUGUGUUAGUAAGGCAGGUUUAAACAUGCUGACUGUGUUAGCUGCUGAGGAGUUAAAGGCUGAUGAAAUCCUCUGCAUGGCCCUUCACCCAGGAUGGGUGAAAACUGAUAUGGGUGGAGAAAAAGCACCACUUGAACCAAAAGAAAGUGUGGAGGGGAUGCUGCGUGUCAUUGGGAGCCUCACUGAGAAGCAUCACGGAGGAUUCCUGGACUACACUGGAGAAACAAUUCCCUGGUAAACCAGAAGAACAAAAUCACUUCUAUACGAGAGGACUUGAAAGGGCCUGUACUGAUCUAAUCUGCCCUGUUUAUUCUAUUAAUCAUAAAAUGGCAUACUUAACCCUUUCGCGCAUGAGUUUAAAAUAUUCUAGCUGAGCCUCCAGCGUGAGUUUCUUAGGCGACUGUUAUUUUAGAAUGUACCACUUUAUUGUUUCCAUUGCUUUUAUUUCGUUUUUCUUGUUUUAUCCAAAAUAUUUGCAAACAUACUAUAUUAUCAUGCUAUAUCAUGAAAGGCAAUCAAUUAUGUCUUGAGGUUUAACGCAUCUCGACAAAAGUUCAUAAUCGGUCCAGUCAGACCUGAACGUCCAUAAAACUUUUUAAAUCACAUGUACAUCACAAACAAGAACGCAAUAUUUGAUGACAUAAAGAAAUAAAGAACCAUGUUCUGAUUUGGCACAUUUUAUUGUUAUUGAACAGUUAUGCAUCUGUUAACCAAACUAAAAUACCAAUUACACAAUACUGAAUUAUUAUAUAAUUAUAUAUUUUCACCCAAAAUGGAAAUUCUGUCUUUUACUCACCCUCAUGUUUCAAACCUGCAUACCUUUCUAUGUUCUGCUGAACACAAAGAUAUUUGGAAGAACGUUUGUAACCAAGCAGGUCUCACAACCCAUGAACUACCAUUUUAGGAAAAAUGAUCUGCUUGGUUUGGUUUGCUGGGAAGGAUCAUUAUUGCCUUUUUUCAUAGACAUCAGCAUGUAUUUUACAAACUGUGAAUGUAUGGUUUUGCUAGUACUUAUGUGUAUUUAAAUGUCUGAAACCUCAAUAAGCAUUACAUGGUUGAAAACACUGAAUAUUUGUGAUAAUAUGACAAGCGCAUAUGACAAUCAUAAAGGACUUAACCCCACACAUUUAUGACAUACAUAUAACAACUUUGUAUCAAAUGAAAUGUUAUUCAAUAAAACAGUUAAUGAAGAAAUAAA